AUUUAACCUCUGAGGUUGAGUUCGAGGCGCCAGUGCUCUGAUUGUCGUCAGAGCGAUGUACGUCGCUGUUUUCUUCGUAGCCGUCUUGGGGCUCUGCUCAGGGUACCCCAGCCAACCCAAACCUACAUGUGGUUAUGAGUCCUGCCCAAAAGGAAGACUUGAUAAAAUAAAUCUACACAUUGUUCCCCAUACUCAUAAUGAUGUCGGGUGGCUAAAGACUUAUGAUCAGUAUUACUAUGGAAGCAGAACCAAUAUUCAAAGUGCUGGGGUUCAGUACAUCAUUGAUUCCGUGGUACAAGAACUUCUUAAGGAUCCUACUAAAAGGUUUAUAUAUGUUGAAACAUCCUAUCUUUAUAAAUGGUGGAAAGAGCAAGAUGACAUUAUGAAGCAACAAGUUAGGCAACUAGUAAAUUCAGGACGGCUUGAGAUCAUUGGUGGUGGAUGGUGCAUGAAUGAUGAAGCAGCAGCCCAUUAUCAUUCUAUCAUAGAUCAAAUGACAUGGGGUUUCAGGUUAUUGGACGAAAUGCUGGGUGAAUGUGCCAGGCCUAAGAUAGGAUGGCAGAUUGAUCCAUUUGGUCACAGUAAGGAAAAUGCUGCUUUAUUCGCUGGUUUUGGUUUUGAUGGAUUGUUCCUGGGAAGAAUAGAUUGGGAAGAUAAGACAAACAGGGAAGAAAAGAAGACUAUGGAAGUUAUAUGGAAUGCAAACCCAUUCGAAAAAGGAGAUGACGGUAAACUGUUCACUAGCGUACUGUACAAUACAUACAGCCCCCCUCCUGGAUUCUGUUUUGAUAUAAAUUGUGACGAUGAGCCAAUCAUUGACAACAAAGAGAGUCCAGAUUAUAAUGCUGAAGAAAGGACAAGAGAUUUCUUAAAAAUAAUGGAAAACUAUACUAAAGCUUAUAGAACAGAAAAUAUUUUGGUGACAAUGGGAAAUGACUUUAAUUACCAAAAUGCUCACAUUAAUUUCAAGAAUAUGGAUAAACUUAUAAAACAAAUAAAUUUAUUGGACACCAAAUACUAUGCCUUUUACUCUACACCUUCAUGUUACCUGAAAUCAGUCCAUGAAGCAGGGAUUACCUUUUCCACGAAAAAUGACGAUUUUCUGCCAUAUUCUACUGACCCAUACACAUUUUGGUCUGGAUAUUUCUCUUCAAGGCCAGCUGUUAAGAGAUUCGAGAGGAUGGGUAACAAUUUUUUGCAGGUUGUUAAGCAAAUCAGCAGUGCUAGUGGUACGGGCGAAACCAAUGCUCUUAACGAAUUGAGAGAAGCUUUAGGAACUCUACAACAUCAUGAUGCCGUUACUGGAACUGAGAAAGAACAUGUUGCUGCUGAUUACGCUAGGAUUUUGACAAGUGCGAUAGACCACUCUGGUGAUGUCGUUCAGGAAGCCCUCAUGAAAAUAAUGAAAAAACAAGAUGAUCUUAAAACUGAACUGCAAUCCUGCCUCCUAUUAAACAUCAGUUCUUGUGAGCCAACGGAGAAGAGCAAACGCUUCGUUGUUACACUUUACAACCCACUGUCGCAUAAAGUUGAUUAUCUUGUGAAAAUACCAGUGGCCAAAGAUAGUUCCUAUACAGUUCUUUCACCAAGAGGGGACGAAGUGUUAACACAAAUGUUAGUUGUGCCCGAACAAGUUUUGGAUCUGCCUGGUCGCCCUACCAAAGCAGAAGUUGAGCUGUCGUGGUUGGCUAAAGAUAUUCCAGCUCUCGGAUUCGCUUCGUAUCAUGUUACAAAGCGUUACACUCCACCACCUCCAUGUGAAGAAAUUGUUUUCCGGAAGAUACCUAUCACACUUGGAUACAAGGAUCUUUCGUUAACUUUAAAUAGUGAAGGAGACAUUAAAGGUAUAAAAGCUGGCAGGAAGCAAUAUCAAUAUGAGCCUAUUAACAAUGACUUUAGGUUUUACAUCCCUGCAGUUGGCAACAAUGAAGUUUUUAUCAAUCGAUCCUCAGGAGCUUACAUAUUUAGACCAAAUGGUUCAGAAAUAGUUAUUGACCAAGAUACCUCUAAACUCAGGAUAUACCAAGGACCUCUUGUAACUGAAAUGCACCAAACUUACAACGAAUGGGUAAGUCAAGUGAUAAGGAUUGUGAAUGGAUCUCCAAUUGCUGAAUUCCAGUGGCUUGUUGGACCUAUACCUAUCGAGAGAGGAGUCGGUAAGGAAAUAGUUUGGCAUUUAACUAUGCCUAACAUGAAGACAGGCGGGGUAUUUGAAACUGAUUCAAAUGGACGCCAACAUUUGAAGAGAAAGUUAAAUCAUCGAGAGGACUGGGACCUUCAUUUAGCAGAAAAAGUUCCAGGGAAUUACUUCCCAAUAACAACAGAUAUAUCAAUUAGUGAUCAUAAGAAAGUUACAGUAAUUACAGACAGGACACAGGGAGGUUCAAGCCUUGCUGAUGGUGAAUUGGAAUUAAUGGUACAUAGGAGGCUAACACAUGACGAUGCUUUCGGAGUUGGUGAAGCAUUGAAUGAAACAGCGUUUGGUGAAGGAUUGAUAGUUAGAGGAUCUCAUUGGCUACUCGUGGAUGACUGUAAAUCUUCACCAAGGAAGGAAGUGCAAGAACUAUCUAUCUUACCUCCUUGGAUUUUCAUUUCUACUACUUCCCUCUCCUUCGCUGAAUGGGAAGCCAACUUCUUGACUACCUACUCUAGCCUGCUCAAUGAGUUGCCUGAAAAUGUGCAAAUAUUGACCUUUGAACCCUGGGCACACAACAGUAUUUUGCUGAGAUUGGAACACAUUGGGGAUCCAAGCAGUGAUCCAAAACUGGCUGUUCCUGUUACAAUUGACCUCGAAAAUUUAUUUAGCGGUUUAGAAAUAACUGGAAUUCAAGAAAUGAGCUUAGGAGCAAAUAUGAAGAAAUCUGAAGUAUCUCGAUUAAGUUGGAAAUCUGAAUGUGAUAAUAAAAUACGGCUGUCAGCUGAAGAUCACCGAGAAACAUUUAGAAUCACAGUACAACCAAUGCAGAUUAAGACAUUUUUAUUACAAGUUAAAUGAACUGCCUGAAUUUAGUAUUAUUUUGUAAAUAAAUUUAUAUUUUUUAA